AUGUGCUGCAGUGACACGCAGAGAAGCAGUUCAGGGCGCGAGCCAAAGGCGCACACACCCACCAGCCAAGAGCAAGACUGCAGGGAUCCUGUCCCACCACGCUCAUCUGGGCUUCUGAUACAGCUCUUAAACCAAGCCAUAACCAUGGAAACCCCAAGCCAAAGUCAUGCUGAUGACGAUGCCACCUCCACCCUCUCCCCGGCCCGCAUCACCAUGCUGAAGGAGAAGGAGGAUCUGGGCAGCCUCAACGACCGGCUGGCGGUGUACAGCGACAAGGUGCGCACCCUGGAGGCGGAGAACGCCGGGCUGCGGCGGCGCGUGGCAGAUAGCGAGUCCAUGACCAGCCGGGACCUGUCGGGCUUGAAGGCCGCCUACGAGGCGGAGCUGGCUGAAGCUCGCAAGAGCCUGGACCAGAUAGCCAAGGAGAGCGCAUGCCUUCAGCUGGAGCUGGGCAAGGUCAGGGAGGAGCACAAGGAGCUCAAAAUUAGAAACACAAAGAAGGAGUCUGACCUGGAGGCAGCUCAGGCCAGACUGAGGAACCUGGAGGCUUUGUUCAACUCCAAAGACGCUGCCCUCACCACUGCCUUGGGCGAGAAGCGAAACCUGGAGGUUGAGGUGAAGGAUCUGAAGGCCCAGUCAGCAAAGCUGGACAAUAACUUAGGUGAUGCUAAGAAGCAGCUAAAGGACGAGAUGCUGAGGAGAGUGGACUCUGAGAAUCGCCUGCAGACUCAGAAGGAGGAGCUGGCGUUCCAGAAGAACAUCUACAAUGAGGAGCUGCGCGAAUCCAAGCGUUGGUAUGAGUCCCGUAUGGUGGCGACUGAAACCAGGAGGCAUCAAGAUUCAGAGAAAAAGCUGGCUGAGGCUCUGGCCGGACUGAAAGCCCAGCACGAGAUCCAGUUCGCCCUCUACAAGGAGGAACUGGAGAGGACUUACAACUUGAAGCUGCUAAAGGCCCGUCAGUCAGCUGAGAGAAACAGCAGCUUGCUUGAAGCGGCCCACAAGGAGCUGCAGCAGACCCGGACUCGUCUGGAGACAAUAAUGGGCCAUCUGAGUCAGCUGCAGAAACAGCUGACAGCGAGCGAGGCCAAAGUGCAGGGGCUGGAGAAGACCCUGGCACUGGAGCGGGACAUGCAUAUGAAGGAUAAAGACAGGGAAAUAGCAGCGAUUCGAGCCCAGAAAGCGGACAAGUACCAGGAGCUGCUGGACAUCAAACUCGCCCUGGACGUAGAGAUUGAUGCUUACAAAAAGCUGCUGGAGGAAGAAGUGGGGAGCCUGCAGCUAUCACCCAGAUCCACACCCACAAAGGUGAUAGUGACGCGGCCCUCCAUCUCGGGCAUUAGCUACAAGAAGCGGCGCCUCAAUGACGACAGUGAGACCUCCAGCAUGGUGGGAGGCCCCGUGACCAAGACCCGCAUCAGUCAGCAGGCGAGCGCCAGCGGCCGCAUCACGGUGGACGAGGUGGACCUGGAGGGGAAGUACAUCCGUCUGAGCAACAAGUCUGACGAGGACCAAUCGCUGAGCAACUGGCAGGUGAAGCGACAAGUUGGGAGCAGCACCCCCAUCCUCUACAUGUUCCCCUCCAAGUUCACCCUGAAGGCUGGAGGAACCGUGACUAUCUGGGCUUCGUCCGGCGGUGGAACCCACAACCCUCCCUCUGACCUGGUGUGGAAGGGCCAGAACUCCUGGGGCACCGGCGACCUCCUGCAGACCUCCCUCAUCAACGCCAGCGGAGAGGAAAUGGCCAUGAGGAAAGUGACGCGCACUCUGUUCCAGGACAAUAAAGAUGAGACCAUGGGAAUUCACAGCCCGAGCUGCGUGGAGAAACCAUACAACCUGCGUAGACGUGGGGUUUCUGGCGGGAAGCCAUCAGAGCACAGUGGUGAUGUAGUUGAAGGCCCCGAGGGACAGUUCUAAUUCAUGGGCACCAAUACAGGAUCGCAUGAAGCCAGAGAACUGCUCCAUCGUGUAAAAACCAGAGCUCGCCUGAACGCACCACCCUCUGCAGCCCGUUGAGGAGACAGUUUCCUGCUGUUCCAAUAUUUGUUUUAUAUUAUUACAUCUUCUAUUCAGGUUAAUCUGCAGUUAAUUUUGCUUCCAGGUUUGUGGGGAAGGGUGCAGGAUUUUAAUAUUUUACUUUUGUGUAUUCAAGUUAUAUUACUAAUGUCUGCUCUCACAAUCAUACACACUCACGCAACUACUCACACACAGGUAAUAAAAAGCUGAAAGACACUUAACUCCCAGGGGGUAGAGGCCCCCCCCCCAAGCUUCAACUCAGGUCUGGUCCAACAGUCGGGGUUUUGGGUGUAGAUGCUGGUCUAGUGCAGCACGGUUGGUUGGUUACAGUCCUACAUAUUCCCCUGCAUCAGCCUGGUCCUACAGCUCCACGGACGCCCACCAGAACCCACUGAGCACAGGACCGUUUGUCUGGGUGGGCCUCAGCCCUGUAACGACCACCAAACUCUACUUUCCAGAACACCAAACACACAACGAUUGUGCUCUUUUCACCAUUUCUGCUGAUCACACUAACCUCACAGGUGCUUCCACUCAGUAAUCAGGUCAGGGCUGCACACCCGCCUAUUUAUAUAGUUAUCAGUGGUUUGUGUGUCCAUAAGCAAAUUUUUAUUCUUUAUUCAAACUAAUAUUUUUAUGCAUUUUCCAUAAAAAAUAUAACUAUUUCUUUGUGUAAUCAAACCUUUAAACAGACAACCCUUUCUCUACUUUCUUUCCUCUGAAGUUCAGAGGAAAGAGAAAAGUAUCAAGCGUGUUUGUCCAGCUUCACGCCGCCAUCUUGUGACCGUCAGCCAUCAUUGUUGAUUUGUGCUGCUAUUAAACUCAGUCAAAAAGGCUCCCCCUCCCUCCCUUUCAUUCCUAAAUAAAUUAUAUAAUUAGCAGUAUAAUUAGUAAAUGAUUAUAAUUUCUUUUUUAUAUCUCACUGACACUAAAACGUGUGUUCUUGAAUUUGCAGAGAUCUUUGAUUUGUUCCUUGUAACUUUCAAAUCUUAGUCAGCAGGUUGUUUUAAACCCCUGAAUCCUCCUUGUUCAGAUCUCAUGAAUAAUUUAAAGGUCUGAAUUUAAAUUUUACUCAAAGCUGUUAAUACUAAAGUCUUACUGUCCUUAAGGUGGAAUUUAUUAGAUCACGUGGCUGUUGACAUGGAGAAACUAUAGAUUGAGCUUAUGUAAUUAUUAUUUCUUCUCUAAAAUAACACUGAAUAAAACCUGUUUUCUUUUCCACUGACUUUUUUACUGCAUGCAGAACACCGUCAUUAAAAAUGCAGACAUUUUUAUUUACACAUAAACACAAACAUGCCCACAGUUACAUUCAAAGUUACAUGGUUUGUAAAAUAAAAAAGCUACACUUAUAUCAUUUACAGCACAAUGUUCGAUCUUUUCUAACAAACUUUACUGGUCAGAAUCAGAUCCAUGAACAACACGUUGCAGCUAUUUAAAGCCAAAACACGACCAACGUUGACUAAAGUAGAGCUAACAUUGUUUUCAGAGAGUUAAAAAACAUUCUGAAGCAAAUAAAAAUCACUGGAAAACAAAAUGAUUAAAGGCCCAAUGUGUGGAAUUUAGUGACAUCUAGUGGCCGAAGCUGGAACCAGAUUAAUGUUUCCGACAUGUCACAGCAACGGCUGCUAUAUGGUGAAACUAAGGCUACGUCCACACUGCAGGUAAAAGUGGCCCAAAUCUCACUUUUUUACUUAUAUAUGACUCAUAUCUGAUUUUUUAUUUUGACAUCUGACCAGGUCAAGAUGUGGCCCUCAGUCAAACGUCUGAUGUUUAAUUUUAGAGCCUCAAUCUGAACGAUCAUGUCACAUUUCAUCAGUUCUGUGCAAGUUCGUGUUUUUCAUGAACUGGUUCAAAGUUCCACAGGUGAAAAUCAAUAGUUCAGGUUCAUAGUUCACUGUUUCAGUUUUAAGUUGAGUAAAAUUUAGGUUAGAAGUGAAAGACUGAACUUGGGAAAGAAAAAAAGUGUC